AUGGAGGAGGAGCGCGCCGAGCUCGCUGUCCCCGAGAGCCAGUUCAAGAAGGGCAACCUCUCCGCCAAGGAGUUUGUGCGCGCCGUGGCCAAGUCCUCCGCGUACAAGACGCGCUUCUUCGAGGGCGCGUCCCAAUACCGCUUCGUUGAGCUCAACUUCAUGCAUCUGCUCGGUCGCGCUCCUGAUUCCCAGGCAGAGGUAGCGGAGCACAUCCGCCGCUACGCUGCUCAGGGCGUCGACGCUGAUAUCGAUAGCUACAUUGACUCGGAAGAGUACGCAUCCGUCUUCGGCGAGGACAAUAUUCCCUUCUUGCGCUUCCGCGGCGCGUACACACCCUGCGAGUCGUUCAACAAGCAAUGUGCGCUCAAGGGUGGCUGGGCCAACUCGGACAAGGCCAUGGGCGGUGCCGCGCUUUCCGGAUACAACGGCUCCGACGGCCGCCAAUUUUCUCGCAACAUUGGUUCCUACGUCACGGGGAAGCCGACGCCGUACGAACAUGUUGCCGAGAACACCCCGCUCAAGACGACGGCCCCCAACUGGUACGCAGUGCCCAAUCCAGCACUCGCUCCCACCCCCGCCUAUGUCAGCGCUGCGGAGGUUCGUGCGUUGCAAAACAAGGUCGCCGAUCUUCAGGCUAGCUAUGACGCUGAGUUGGCGAAGAAGAAUGGCGGUAGCGCCAGGGACCCGCUCUCGCCUUUCAGGUCCAUGGUUUCUGACAUGGGUCCCUCUCUCGAUAGAGGAUUUGCCUACUCGGGUGGUGACCGGUUACUUGCAAACCCUUUCGCAAAGCUCUUCGGUGAAGAUGAGAGCCCACUCGCGGAAGGUGGAUGUAAGUCGUCGGAUUACACUCGCUUCCACAAGCAGAUGGAGAAUGAUACUCUUUCUCGCGUCGAAAAGGAACUUGAAGAGACCAAGGCCGAGUUUCGUGUCCUCUCGAAGGCUUUAGAUGCCAGCACGCCUAUCACUCCUACUAUUCAACUGCCAGGUCAGAUUGCCGACGCUGUAGCCAUCGCCAUUGCAGAGGACCCGAUCGCGAGUCGCCCCCGCAUCAGCACCGCGUCGAGGGCGAAGCCCACGCCAGCUACGCCCAAGGCCGGCCUGAAGAUUGGUCCAAUCACUGUGCCAUCGCUUGGUGGCAUCUCCUUGCCUGACUUGCCAACGCCUUCCCUUCCCUCGCUUCCGUUUUUUGGUAAGAAGGAUUAGGAUCUAAUACCAGUGUGACGUUGGUUUGCAUAUUUUUCCGAAGGAAGAUGUGUUUCGGAAGGAGAUAAACAGUUGUUUUCAAAUAGUAUGUGUCGUUUUUUAGAAAAAGCUAACGCCGUAUAUUUUUUGCUCUGAAAAAGCUACAGUACGGUAUACUGUAAGAUACAA